AUGAGGGUGCCACGUGGCAUAGGUCUCGUGUUUAUAGUAGUGGUGGCCGUUGCGCUAGUGGCUGGCCUUAUAUUGACAAUUGUCCUCGUUAGUCGAAGCAAGGGUGAAGCACCUGAGGGUCGUGUCAUUACUUUGGGUCUCUGCAAUUCAAACUUGGAGGAGCCAAUGACUAGUUUCCGUUUUAAAAGGGAUGUUGACUCAUCAUCUUCUUGUAAUUUCACUUCGAAUAAAAACCAAAUGAGAAACUUCAUAAACAGUGUUUCAUCUGACACCAAUUUCAUCUUUAUGCCAUAUGCAGACUCCGCCACUGUGAGUAAUCUCGCUAGUAAAGAUUCCGUCUUGGCUCAGCUGGAUGCAUUGAAAACAACGAAAUCGGUUACCAUCAGUCAAGCUUCAGCUUUCAACAGCUACAAUCCGUCAGCACAUGCUAAUUCGGAUUUAGUUUUUUUCACACCUUGCUCUACGACAUACAAGAACUACGAUGAAGAUAUGAAACAAGUCCGUGACAGUAUCAAGAAAGCCGAACAGAAAAAAUAUGUUAUCGUAUCACUUUCAAUGAAUGCAACCCGAAUGCAAGAUCAAUAUGGAGAUCAAAAUUCUCAUAACAUUGCUACCAACGCAACUGAAGAUGUGUCCCAAAAAAUUAAUCAAGUUCUUACCCCAGAAGCAACUACAGUUUCAACGACACUUGUAACAACAACGUUAACACUUACAACCAAGCCAUCAACUGCAGCUCCGCAAACUACAACACAGCCACCUCCAGUCACCGAACCACAAGUGACAACUUCCACAGGACCGGUCACGCAACCAGUAGCUACAACAACAACGCAAAACAUUCCUGUGACAACGACGACAACAUCAAAACCAACGUCUGCGCCAGCUGCAACCACAGCCACAUCGUCUGGACCGACUCUGACAACAACCAAACCAGCACCUGUCAUUUCAAGCUCUCAAAACCCAGGAUCAGUUGGAACAUCAACACCAGCAGGCCCGUCUGGACCAACCAUGACGACAACAAAACCUACACCAGCAUCUGUUGGUUCAAGUUCUCAAAAACCGGCAACAACUGCAACAACGACACCAGCAGCUUCAUCUGGGCCAACCAUGACGACAACACAACCUACACCAGCAUCUGUUGGCUCAAGCUCACAAAAACCGGCGACGACUGCAACAACGACACCAGCAGCUUCAUCUGGGCCAAUUAUGACGACAACACAACCUACACCAGCAUCUGUUGGCUCAAGCUCACAAAAACCGGCAACGACUGCAACAACGACACCAGCAGCUUCAUCUGGGCCAACCAUGACGACAACACAACCUACACCAGCAUCUGUUGGCUCAAGCUCACAAAAACCGGCGACGACUGCAACAACGACACCAGCAGCUUCAUCUGGGCCAAUUAUGACGACAACACAACCUACACCAGCAUCUGUUGGCUCAAGCUCACAAAAACCGGCAACGACUGCAACAACCACACCAGCAGCUUCAUCUGGGCCAACUAUGAUGACAACACAACCUACACCAGCAUCUGUUGGCUCAAGCUCACAAAAACCGGCAACGACUGCAACAACGACACCAGCAGCUUCAUCUGGGCCAACUAUGACGACAACACAACCUACACCAGCAUCUGUUGGCUCAAGCUCACAAAAACCGGCAACGACUGCAACAACGACACCAGCAGGCCCGUCUGGACCAACCAUGACGACAACACAACCUAAACCAGCAUCUGUUGGCUCAAGCUCACAAAAACCGGCAACGACUGCAACAACGACACCAGCAGGCCCGUCUGGACCAACCAUGACGACAACACAACCUAAACCAGCAUCUGUUGGCUCAAGCUCACAAAAACCGGCAACGACUGCAACAACGACACCAGCAGGCCCGUCUGGACCAACCAUGACGACAACACAACCUAAACCAGCAUCUGUUGGCUCAAGCUCACAAAAACCGGCGACGACUGCAACAACGACACCAGCAGCUUCAUCUGGGCCAAUUAUGACGACAACACAACCUACACCAGCAUCUGUUGGCUCAAGCUCACAAAAACCGGCAACGACUGCAACAACGACACCAGCAGCUUCAUCUGGGCCAACUAUGACGACAACACAACCUACACCAGCAUCUGUUGGCUCAAGCUCACAAAAACCGGCAACGACUGCAACAACGACACCAGCAGGCCCGUCUGGACCAACCAUGACGACAACAAAACCUACACCGGCAUCUGUUGGCUCAAGCUCACAAAAAACGGCGACGACUGCAACAACGACACCAGCAGCUUCAUCUGGGCCAACUAUGACGACAACACAACCUACACCAGCAUCUGUUGGCUCAAGCUCACAAAAACCGGCGACGACUGCAACAACGACACCAGCAGCUUCAUCUGGGCCAAUUGUGACGACAACACAACCUACACCAGCAUCUGUUAGCUCAAGCUCACAAAAACCGGCUUCAAGUUUGUCACCUUCGAUGUCGACUGCGUCAUCAUCGGUUACUGCACCACUAUCUACAACCCCGGUCUUAAGUUCAACUAUGUCGGCAUCAACACAAAGUACAGCAACUUCAAUGAAUCCUUCGUCAUCAUCCGGCAAGACAGUAUCUUCUUCGGCUGCAAGUUCAACUGCUCAACCCACAGCCACGACCACUCCAUCAGCGCCGCUAACUGGUUCAACGUCGCAAUCACCGAUUUCAAGCUCAACGGUUACAACUCAGAGUUCACCGACUCCUGCUGCCACGGCCUCGAGUAGCUCAGUGGUCACUAGUUCAACUGUGUCUGGAGUCAGUUCAUCAACCCCAACUAUCUCCACAGUGUCUAGCCAAAGCAGCUCUCAUUCUGGCUUCACAACUUCUUUGGGAACCAAAUCUACCAAAACAAAUUCUGGAUCAUCUAGUACGGCUGUACCGACAUCCACUAUUAGCGUAUUUUCAUCCACUAUUACAAAUCCGUCCACCGUGAGUGCAGCAACAUCAUCGUCUUCCUCUACUUCACAAACACAGUCGUCAUCUGUAUCUACCGCCACAAGCUUGUCUCCACCAACAGCAUCAUCAGCAUCGACAGUGUCUUCUGCAUCAUCAGCAUCAACUGUUUCCUCGGCUUCUACUACUACAGCAGCUCUAUCAUCAAUGUCUACAGUAUCAGCGGGAUCUACGCUAACAUCUAUUUCAACUGUAUCUGGGUCCACUUCACCAUCUGUAGCUACUGUUCCUACUUCAUCAGUAUCUUCAAUUUCAACAAUAUCGGCAACAAUAACCUCUUCUACUGCCACUAUGCCUACUUCAUCUGGAUCUUCAGUUUCAACCGUAUCACAAUCGACUGUUCCUUCAACGAAUACAAUGACCACCACUCCUGCGUCAGCAAUAACUACGGGUACGUCAGUUUAUACAGGCAGCACAUCGAUGCCACCAACCUCAUCAUCUGCUCCAACAACUGAGCAUUCUACAUCAAGUAGAAGCAGUGAAAAUACUUUGAGUAGCAGUACAAUCACACCCCCACAUAGUUCUCUGUCCACGGGCACUGGAUCCACAACCCUUUCCCCAAGUACCUCAACCACUCUUCUAAGUACCUCGAGUAGUUCCACAUCUGAAUCUACUCUUUCUACCAGUUAUCUCUCAACUGGCUCUUCAUCCACUACUGAAGGAAUUUCAAAAUCCACGUCGAUUUCCCAACUGACAUCCACACAAGGAAUGAGCAGUCCAACAUCUUCAACCAGUACGUUCCUCUCUAGUAGUCGAAUGACCACAACUCCCCCUCCAUCUCAAUCAACUAGUUCAUCUCAAGCCUCAACAUCUACAGUAGAUCAGCAAACAACAGUGACCACCCCAACCCCAACCCCGUCCCUGUCCCCAUCCACCUCCCAACCCACCAGUUUCCAGUCAAGCACAUUUGGAUCUACAUCUUCGUUAAAAACGAGUGAAACUACCACAUCGUUCCAAACCUCGUCACAGUAUACCAUUUCCCGUUCAAGUACAUUUGGGCCAACAUCCUCCAAAGCUAACACCACAACUUCGAUGUCUUCCACAUUGUCUAGUAGUUCUGUAGAGCCAUCGACAGGAACACAUCCAACAAGUACCACACCACUGAGUACUACUGAAUCGUCCAUGUCAACAUCCCGCGGGUCAGGAAGCACCACAUCAAUGUAUCCUUCAUCAUCCAAUUCUCCUUAUUUUUCUUCAUCAACUAACUCUGGAUCAAGUUCAACUCAAACAUCAACAAAAGAAACCUCGACACCAUCAUCUUUAACAACAUUCUCCACAACUUCAUUGGUUUCUUCUCAAUCCACAUCCAGUGGCAGUGUUUCUAGUUCACCAGGUAGAUCAAGCACUGAUCUCCCAAUCAGUACUUCCCCUUCUGCUUCAUCUCCUGCACAGACCCCGGUUCGGUCAAGCUCUACUUCAGUCCCAUCGCAGUCUAGUACCCCAACUCAACUAACUACAUCGGUAGCUUCUGUUUCAGAAACCUCCACACUAUCUAGUAUUUUAACAUCAUCCCUCGCCUCAUCUACCACUUCCGGGACCCCCAGUUCUAUUGGAUCCACAGUAACCAAAUCUUCUUCUUUAUCCGCUGUCCCAUCAACCACACAGGCAACAUCUAGUUCUAAGGGUUCCACAGUAACCGACUUUUCUUCUCCAUCUCCUGUCCCAUCAACCACACCCGCAAAUCUAGCUCCGUGGGAUCCACAGUCAUUGGCUCCUCUAGUCCUUCUCCUAUCCCAACUACCACAACCUCAACAUCUAGCACCUUGGGAUCCACAUUCCAUGAGAUCCACAGUAACCGGCUCCCUUACUUCAUCUCCAGUCCCAUCUACCGCCGCCGUAACAUCUAAAUCCACAGUAACCAAAUCUUCUUCUUUAUCCGCUGUCCCAUCAACCACACAGGCAACAUCUAGUUCUAAGGGUUCCACAGUAACCGACUUUUCUUCUCCAUCUCCUGUCCCAUCAACCACACCCGCAACAUCUAGCUCCGUGGGAUCCACAGUCAUUGGCUCCUCUAGUCCUUCUCCUAUCCCAACUACCACAACCUCAACAUCUAGCACCUUGGGAUCCACAGUACCAGCUUCCUCUAGCCCAUCUUUUGCCCCAACUACCACAGCCCCAACAUCUAGUUCCAUGAGAUCCACAGUAACCGGCUCCCUUACUUCAUCUCCAGUCCCAUCUACCGCCGCCGUAACAUCUAAAUCCACAGUAACCAAAUCUUCUUCUUUAUCCGCUGUCCCAUCAACCACACAGGCAACAUCUAGUUCUAAGGGUUCCACAGUAACCGACUUUUCUUCUCCAUCUCCUGUCCCAUCAACCACACCCGCAACAUCUAGCUCCGUGGGAUCCACAGUCAUUGGCUUCUCUAGUCCUUCUCCUAUCCCAACUACCACAACCUCAACAUCUAGCACCUUGGGAUCCACAGUACCAGCUUCCUCUAGCCCAUCUUUUGCCCCAACUACCACAGCCCCAACAUCUAGUUCCAUGAGAUCCACAGUAACCGGCUCCCUUACUUCAUCUCCAGUCCCAUCUACCGCCGCCGUAACAUCUAGCUCCGUGGGAUCCACAAUAACCGGCUCCUCUACUUUAUCUCCUGUACCAUCCAGCUCAGGCGCAACAUCUAGCUCCAUAGGAUCCACAGUAACCGGUUCCUCUAGUCCAUCUUCUGUCCCAACUUCCACAGCCUCAACAUCUAGUUCCUUUGGAUCCACAGUAACCGGUUCCCUUACUUCAUCUCCAGUCCCAUCUACCACAGCCGCAUCAUCCAGCUCCAUAGGAUCCACAGUAGUCGGCUCCUCUAGUCCAUCUUCUGUCCCAACUAACACAGCUUCAACAUCUACUUUCUUGGGAUCCACAAUAACCGGCUCCUCUACUUCAUCUCAUGUACCAUCAACCUCAGCCGUAUCAUCUAGCUAUGCGGGAUCCACAGUAACCAAACCCUCUUCUUCAUCUCCUGUCCCACCAAUCACACCUGAAACAUCUAGUUCCAUGGGAUCCACAAUAACAGAUCACUCCACCCUGACUCCUGUCUCAUCUGUAACCCCUGGAAAAACUAGCUCCUUGGGAUCCACAGUGAGCAACCCUUCUUCAGCAGCCACUGAGCCAAGUUCCACUCAUUCUACAUCAACCCCAACCCUCUCUCAUCUCACAACAUCAGUAGUUUCUUCCGGAUCCACAGAAAAAAGUCAUUCCACUGUAACUACUGUCUCAUCUACGGCAGCUGAAACUCCUAGUUCACUAGUCGUAACACAGAGCAGUCAUCUCACCCCACCUCCCGUUACGUCUUCCUCAUCCGGAACAUCUAGCUCAGUAGGGUCCACAAAACCUCAACAUACAUCCUCCCCAGUCUCAUCUUACCCUACAACUGCUGUAACCUCUACUUCGGUAGAAUCCACAGCAAGCAGUCUUUCUACCACGUCCACCUUCUUUUCCACUAAAUCGACCACAGUUGGUCCAGUCAACAGUUUUUCUUCAUCAACACCCAUUCCAUUUACCCCUUCUACAGUCUCAUCUCAGUCUAAUACGAUAAGCGGUUCUAGCUCUGUAGAAUCCACAGUAACAAGUCCUACGACACUAUACCCCGGAUCAUCCCAUUCGACUGCCUCUUCUCAGUUGAAUGACAGGACAACAUCAGUUUCUACUCCCAACAUCAGAACCAGUACUUUAGGUUCAUCUGCUGCAACAACUUCGAAACCAAAGCCUAGUGUUACUUGUUUGUUUAUGGUUGAUUUGCAGUCGUUAAAUAUCAGCACAGAGGCAAUAAAAAAUUAUACUACGACAUAUGGUUUUCAGUAUUGGAACUUUGCAAUGACAGUCGCAUCAAAAUUAAAUGACGCAUCCACGUUCACUGGUUAUCCUGAUUCAUUUGGUUACGCGAGUGGACUAAACGAUCAUAGUAAAUAUCCAGUUAACAAUUAUACGGAUUUCAAAAACGUUCCCAUGCCAGUGGAGGAUCUAGACGACGGAAUUGAUUUGGACCUCAAAGAUGUUGAUUCAACUCUGACUCAAGCGUCAUGGAUGCCUCUGGUUCAAACAGAUCUGCAUCAAACAUGUCUAAUUUUCUUCUCUGCUGCACCCGAAGCGGAAUUCGGAAGUACUACUAUCAACUCCACAUAUGUCAAUUUCACAACUGUUAUUGGCGUUCGUAUUGGAGAUGCCACCUCAAUACCGGGAAUCACUGAUCCCGUCAACGCUCAGAAUUUGGAUGAUGCAGAAGCUCAAUCAGUAGUUCAGAAACUUUUGGACAGUUUACCUUGA